AUGCCAGACGAAGACAAGUUGGCCAUCGACCAGGACGACGACGCCGCAACCAAAGAAAGCCUCCAAGAAGCGAAAAAGGCCCAAACCGAUGCCGACGAACUCGACUCUGGAGAUGAAGCCACAAUUACAGAACUGAGAAAGGCCAAGAAACCGAAAGGCGACGAUGAUGAGGACAGCGGUGGUGAAGGCGGCCUGAUCAAGACGCGAGCCCAGAGGAGAGCAGAGAAACAGGAGCGUCAAGAAUACCAGAAAGCCAACGCCGACAAUGUCACUGUCGACGUCGAUGCCCUUUGGGCCUCCAUGACCGCCAAACCGAUCGGACGACCGUCGCGAGACCAGCCGAAGCCUGAAGACGUCGCGAACAACCAAGACGGCGCACCUGAAAAGGCCGACAACAAAGAUGCGCGAGCAGACGAAGAAGACAAUGGCAUGAUCACCAUCAAGCGAUCCUACGACUUCGCUGGCCAAAAGGUGACGGAAGAGAAGCGCGUACACAAGGACUCGGCCGAAGCAAAGCUCUUCCUCGCAAACAACGACCCUGCAAAACAGACUAAACCACGCUCGCCAUCACCAAAAAAUGACCAACCCACUCUUCGCCGACCGUUACGCCGCGCCUCCAAAUUCGAGCCCAAUCCUACCGGCGAAGUCAGAGCCGAUGUCAUCGCACAACAAAAGAGAUUGGAAGAGGAGGCCAAGAACGGCAAAGCCGUCAAGCUCAAUACUGUCCAGAAGUCGGCUAUCGAUUGGGCUGCCCAUGUUGACCAAGAGGGACUGAAGGACGAGUUGGACGAGUACGGCCGCAGCAAACAAGGUUACAUUGGCAAGAUGGACUUUUUGCGCGGCGUUCACGGCAAGAAAGAGGCAGAAGAGCGGAAAGCUCGUAUGGCCCAGUCUUCUGCAUGA